CUAUUCUCGUGAAAUCCAAUUUUUACUAUUUAUUUAUUUAUUUAUUUUUUUAACUGCUUAGUCAAAAUGUUAACUUUAUAUGAUUAUGGACCUUCGGGAAAUUGUUACAAGGUUCGAUUAUUAUUCUCAUUAUUGAGGAUACAAUGUAUUCGAAUUGAUGUAAAUGUAAAAAAAGGAGAAACACGUACUGAACAUUUUUUAAAAAAUAUUUCGCCAAAUGGUCGAGUUCCAGUAGUAAUAAUUCCAUCAGAUUAUGUUCACAAAUUAUCAAAUGUAGAGAAUUCAUCUACGACUUCAAAAACUCCUACAGAUUCUACAUCAUCAUCUUCUUCUAAUAAUAAUUCAACGAAUGAACAACAAUCAAUAAUUUUAACAGAAUCGAACGCGAUUUUAACAUUCUUUUCGGAUGGUACACCAUUAUAUCCAUCAAAUCCAAUAGAAAGAGCGAAAAUUAUGCAAUGGUUAUUUUGGGAACAAUUUUCUCAUGAACCAAAUUUUUCUUCUUUAAGAUUUUGGAUAACUUUAUUAGAUAAAGGUGAUGAUCCUCAAUAUUUAGAUAAAAUUAAUGAACGCCAAAUAAAAGGUUAUGAAGCUUUAAAUGUUAUGGAAGAUCAUUUAAAUAAAGAAGAUUGGUUAGUGGCUAAUAGAUUUACUAUUGCUGAUAUUGCUCUUUAUGCUUAUACUCAUUGUGCUGAAGAAGCUGGAUAUUCUAUCGAUAGUUUUCCUAAAAUUAAAUCAUGGUUACGUAGAAUUGAAAAUAUGCCUGGUUAUGUCCCAAUCGAUGAUUAACUUAUUCAAUUUGAAUUAUUUAUUUAUUCUAGUCUAUAUUAAGUAAUGUUCUUGUUCUAUAAAUCAUUUUAAAAUAUAUGUAUAUAUAUAAAUAUUUUUUUUAUAUACAAAUGUCCAAUCAAAGUAUAUUAUUAU